UGGGUGGGUGCGCUCCAGUCACGAGCAAAGGAAAGGGAAAUCGUUGUAAAUCCCAUUCAGUGCCUUGUGCAUCCUUUUGUCAAAAGGGGAAGAAGUGUUUUAACUUUUUUUUUUUUCCAUGUCCUUUCUUUUUUCUCAGCACUUCGGGUUUUCCGACACGAAACCAGUUCGCUUACACGCAUCUACCGACCGAGGUUCACCUGAGCGCACCCCGCCUCCCUCCUCUCACAAUCACGGAUUUGUGAUUUUACCAACCAAAAAAAACGCACUUUCACAGACUUUCCAGCAGCAUUAACAGCAAACAAUCUUUUGAAGCUGGUGCCUUUCUAGACCGGAGAUACGGAGAUGAAGACAGAUUUCACGCUUUUCUGUCGGACUUGGAUUGGAAUAGCAUACGCCUCAGGUCUGGUGAUUGGCUUAUCUAUGACUCCGCCCACCCUUGAGAGCUCCGAAGGUGAUCGAGUAAUUUCCAUCAACGAAACACUUUCUAUUACAUGCAGGGGACAGCGCACUCUGGCCUGGUCUUGGCCGGAUAAAAUGCUGGUUGGACAGGAGCUCACAGACCGUCAGGACGAGCUUCAGUCCACCGGGACCCCUGGUCAGAGAACAGUCUUUAUCAGUGAAUGUCCCGGGCAGAAGGGGCAGCAGUACUGCAAGAGGCUAUUCCUGCAUGGAGCGCAGGGCAAAGACACAGGCUACUAUCGCUGCUAUUAUAAGGACAUUAAUGCCAUCAUUGAUGGCAUCACCGCUGUCAGCAUUUAUGCCUUUGUCAGAGAUCCUUUGCAGCCCUUCCUCAUGAGAGGAGAAUCCAGUGACAACCUGGAGACCAUUUUCAUCACUCGCUUCGCCACGCACGUCAUAGUGCCAUGUCUGGUUACGAUUCCUGAUCUGAAUGUCACUCUCCACUCGUAUUCAGGACCUCUGGAGACCAGUGGGAUGAAGUGGGACAACAAGCAAGGCUGGUCCUUUCCCAGAUAUGUCAUUGACAGUGCACCAAUGGUUAUUGUAGCAUGCCUAGUCACACUGGAAGGCAAACAAUACUCCUCUGACAACUACUUCAUCCAUACUACAGGAAGUAAGAUUUACGAAGUCAAGCUGUUUCCUGAGGAGCCGGUAGAAUUAAUGGUGGGGGAGUCUCUCACCCUGAACUGCACAGCGAUGGUGGAGUUCAAUGCCGGGGUGGACAUCCAGUGGUCCUAUCCCGGUAAACAGAUGAACAGCUGGGUGGAGACUAAGCCCCAACGAGAAGCUCUGUCUCAUGCCACGGAGGCAGUUCAGGUCCUGACCAUCCACCGUGUGAAUGUCACAGACACUGGACCGUACAUCUGCAAUGUUUCCAGCAUGGAAGCAACAGAAAUCCUACAGACUCAAGUCAUUGUUCACGAAAGGCCAUUUAUCAACCUGGACUACAGAGAUGGACCUGUGGUGGAGGUAACUGCUGGUCAGCCGUCAUUCAAAUUACAGCUAAACGUCUCUGCCUUUCCCACACCUGAAACGCAAUGGUUUAAAGACGGCGUGCUGAUGAACCAGAGGCCAGAGUUUAAGAAGAAAAGGAUAAGAAUGCACUCUAACCACGCUUUGGAGAUUAAAGAUGUUUGUCAGGAGGAUGCUGGGCUGUACAUGGUGGUGUUAAAAAACAGUGCCGCUUUGCUGGCGAGGAGGCUCAACAUCACGCUUGUUGUCAAUGUUCCCCCAGAGAUUUAUGAGAAAAAAGCUGCGGCUCCUUCCAGUCCUUAUCGCAGUGGCAGCAGCCAGACGCUAAAGUGUACUGCCAGUGGGUUCCCUGUGCCCAACAUCAGCUGGAAGUGGAGAGCCUGGGGGCCCUGCGUCGUCAACAGCACUGAAAAACGACUAGUCCAACGAGACAGGAAGAGCGGGAGCGACAGGAUCGCCGACUGUCAGAACUGGCAGGACAUUAACUCAGAAAACGCUGUGAAUGAAAUCGAAUCUGUUGAAACGUCUGAAGUAAUGGACAAUCAGGAGAAGAUUGUGAGCAGGCUUCAAAUACGCAAUGCCAGUGUUUCGGUCAUCUACAAGUGCUCUGCUGCAAACAAAGUGGGCAAAGAUGAGUUUCCGAUGUACUUUUACGUAACCACCAUCCCUGAAGGCUUCAGUGUGGCUGUUCAUCCAUCUGAGAAUCCCCUGGAGCAGGAGAAAGUGUCCCUGUCCUGUAGUGCUGACAACUACACCUAUGAUCAGUUGCACUGGUAUCGCCUUAACCCCCAGGCUCUGCAGGACCAACAGGGCAAGUCUCAGGGGCUGGACUGCAGCACCGUGCAUCACUAUGCUGAGGCUUUGCAGGCGGAGCCCUCCUUCCAGCAGCAUUCCAACAGCUGGGUCCUGGACUUCACUAUGGAGGCCAUACGGCUGCAGGACGAGGGACACUAUGUGUGCAAAGCUCAGGGAAGACGCAGUGAGGAGAAACAGUGCCUAUUUCGGUACAUCUCUGUCAAAGCCCUGGAGGCACCUCGAUACAAGCGCAGCCUCACCAACCAGACGGUGAACAUAACCGAGUCUCUGCGGAUGGAGUGUGACGUGGAGGGCAGACCUCUGCCCCGUCUCUCCUGGUUUAAAGACAAUCAGCCCCUCCACCAAAUGUCAGGGAUCCAGCUGCAGGAUUCAAACCGCACGCUGAGUAUCCAGCGGGUCACAGAGGAGGAUGCUGGCCUCUACACCUGCACCGCCUGCAACCAGAGAGGCUGUGUCCACUCCUCAGCUGCCGUCAGGGUCAUCGGUUCAAGCGACAAGGCCAAUGUGGAGAUAGUUAUCCUCAUCGGGACAGGAGUCAUCGCUGUUUUCUUCUGGGCCUUGCUCAUCCUCAUCUUCUGCAACGUGAAACGGGUUAACCCAGCAGACAUAAAGACAGGCUAUCUGUCAAUCAUAAUGGACCCUGGCGAGGUGCCCCUGGACGAGCAGUGUGAGUACCUGCCCUAUGACUCUUCAGAGUGGGAGAUCUCCAGAGACAGACUCCGACUGGGAAAAGUUUUAGGCCACGGUGCCUUUGGAAAAGUAAUCGAGGCAUCAAUCUACGGCAUCAGUAAGAGCAACAGUUUAAACACGGUAGCUGUUAAGAUGCUGAAAGAUGGAGCCACGGCCAGUGAGCACAAGGCUUUGAUGUCGGAGUUAAAGAUCCUGAUUCACAUCGGUAAUCAUCUGAAUGUGGUUAACCUGUUAGGAGCCUGCACCAAACCCAGUGGUCCAUUGAUGGUGAUUGUGGAAUACUGCAAAUAUGGGAAUCUGUCCAACUUCCUGCGAGCCAAGAGGGAGUUCUUCCUUCCCUACAGGGACCGCUCACCAAAAACCCAGAGCCAGAUGAGGCGGAUGAUUGAAGCUGGUCAGACGGAUCAAAGAGCUCAGAGGACUCCACCAGCAUCCUCCUCGCCGCUCAGCAGUCCUCAGAUUACAUCAUCCAAGGCAUCCCAUCAGAACCCUGUGGUGGAGAAAAUGGAGGACUUGUGGAAAACCCCACUGACCAUAGAGGAUUUGAUAUGCUACAGUUUCCAGGUGGCUCGUGGGAUGGAGUUCCUGGCCUCUAGAAAGUGCAUCCAUAGAGAUCUGGCAGCUCGGAACAUUCUCCUCUCAGAGAACAACGUGGUGAAGAUCUGUGACUUCGGCCUGGCCAGAGACAUUUACAAAGACCCAGAUUACGUCAGGAAAGGCAACGCUCGUCUGCCUCUGAAGUGGAUGGCUCCAGAAAGUAUCUUUGACAAAGUGUACACCAGCCAGAGUGAUGUGUGGUCCUUUGGAGUCCUGCUCUGGGAGAUCUUUUCACUCGGUGCAUCUCCGUACCCAGGAGUGCAGAUUGAUGAAGAUUUCUGCAAACGGUUGAAAGAUGGCGUCAGAAUGAGGGCACCAGAGACAGCCUCACCUGAAAUAUAUGGCAUCAUGCUGGCCUGCUGGCAGGGCGAGCCCAAAGAGAGACCGAUGUUUCCUGCUCUGGUUCAGAUCCUGGGAGACCUGCUGCAGGACAACGGUCUACCUGAUGGGAAGGAUUACAUCCCCCUAAACCACUCGCAGAACUCAGAAGAUGACGGUUUCUCACAGACUUCAUCUCGUCCUGCAUCAGAGGAGGAACUGAGACUGACUUGCAACACUCUGCCCACAAGGUAUUAUAACUGCGUGCCCUUUGCCGGAUGCGUGUUUGUUGGGCCCUCUAAAAUAUGUCAGCCCAGAGUGAAGACAUUUGAGGAUUUGCCCCUUGGGAUGCAUUCACAGAAACAUCCACAAGAUAACCAGACCGACAGUGGAAUGGUUCUGGCCUCUGAAGAAUUUGAGAGAAUCGAGCACAACCACCGCGGCGCCGUGUUAAAAAGUCGUAUGAGCAGCACCAGCAGCACAGAGCCCCUGACAGCAUCCCACUGUUCCCUGGGUCAGAACACCGGCAGCUCAGGACACCGUCCCAACUUCUUCAGCCAGCUGACAGGACAGACCUUCUACAACAACGAGUAUGGCCACCUGUCUGAGGAGGGCUUCUGUGACUUCUACUCAUCGCCAGGGACCCCUUCCCUGGCCUCGUCAAAUGUGUAAUCUUACCAAAGAUGAUGACUGAAGGGCAGAUUUGUUGGAAGUCUGAGGGAGGAAUGUGAAAUUAUAGUAACAUCUCGUUAUCAACGUGAAUGAAGACCUUCCGAGCAGAGCUGGCUUUUACUCAUCUCACCGUUCCUCCUCAGCAAAUGGACUUAUUGAUAAGUGCCUGAAGUUUCUUUAACCAGCCACUGGGUGGCAGUAUUAUGUCAAAAAUGAUCUCUAAUGAUUUCUAUACAUACAUUUAUAUUUUUAUCUUUUUACGUACAGUUUUCUAACCUAACUUUUACACAUUAUGACUCAUUUAGGAAGAAAUAAAGACAAUUUAUCCUUU